AUGAGUAGCCCUCGUCGUAGAAUAGAGACUGAUGUCAUGAAGAUGCUCAUGAGCGACUAUGAGGUCACCUUAGUCAACGACAACAGUAAGGAAAUCUGUCUGGUCAAAUUGAAACCCACUAACAGGCAUCAGUGUAUGUCUUUCUUCGCCAGUUCCGUCAGCCAUAUUCUGACCGAUACUUGUAGGCAAGAGUUCUUUGUCAGGUUCAAGGGACCAGCCGAGACCCCCUUUGAAGGUGGAACAUGGAAGGUUCACGUUGAGCUUCCCGAUACGUACCCUUACAAGUCCCCGAGCAUCGGCUUCGUAAACCGAAUCUUUCACCCCAAUAUCGAUGAGCUGUCUGGCUCGGUGUGUCUGGAUGUUAUCAACCAAACCUGGUCACCCAUGUUCGAUAUGAUCAACAUCUUUGAGGUGUUUCUUCCCCAGCUCCUGCGAUAUCCCAACCCGACCGACCCUCUCAAUGGCGAAGCAGCUGCGCUUCUUAUCAGGGAACCCAAGAGCUACGAUGUUAAGGUUAAAGCAGAAUACGUCCAGAAGUACGCUUCUAAAGAUGCCGCGGACGAAGCUGGAGCCGAGAGCGAAGACGACGACGAGCUGUCUUCAGUGGCCAGCUUUGGAGACGACGACGACGAAGAACCCGCAGGUCGAUUGGAUGAUGUAUAG